AUAACAAACCGGGCCGGAGUCAAAUCAAACAAUAUCAAAGAUUUAUUGUACAAAACAAAUAUCGAGAUAUAAACACAAAUACUGCCUCCGGCUAUAACCGAAUAUAACAAAAGGUGUCCACGGUAGGUGCUUUAACAAUUAUAUCUACAACAAAAAAGGGUCCACCAGACAAUUAACGUACUGGGACUAUCAAACAAAUCAAUAAAGAAACAAAACAAUUGCUGAACAAACACAAAUUCCUCCUCCUGUUGAGGGAAAAACCAAACCAAAACAGUUAGCCAAAAUCGCUCUAAUAAUGUAACUCAAACACAAACGUCUUUUCUUCAAACCAAACUUAAAUCACUGUCACAGAAAGCUCUCACAAGUCCACUAUGUCACAAAGAGUUCCCAAACCGGCAAGACUGUGCUCAAUGCUCACAGCUGCCACGACUGAAGCUGGAAUGAACCAUUUAUGGGCGAGGCCUCCCAGCCGAACGGUCCUUCGGGCGAGUCCGGAAUGCCGGUCGACCAAUCCCGGUGGAGGAGGGCGGAGCCGAGGCAGCAGCUCCUGCCGGCGACUGACGAGGCACAGCUGUUCCCAAUAAUACGGCCUCAGGCUGGCAGGCUGGGGGCCGUAACAAUCAGAAAAAUGCAUGACUAGGAUAAAGGUGACACUUGGACCUCAUGGUUCUUUGGCAAAAUCCUCUCUUAAGAACUUUGGCAUAACCUUUUAUUCUGGUUAUACUUUGGAUGCACGUGUCAAGUCUGUGGUUUGUUCCUAUUUUUAUCGCCUGAAAAAUAUUGCCAAACUAAGCUCCAUUGUGUCACACCCUAAAGUGGAAACAUUUGGAUUAUUGCAAUGCACUACAAACAUGUCUUAGCAAAACCUUCCUAGAACGGUUGGUAAUUGUUCAAAAUGCUGCUCACAGGCUUCUGAUGAAAGUCUCCAAGUUUUCACAUGUGACUUAUGAUGCAGCUGCACUGGCUUCCGAUUUAUUUUAAGAGUGCAAUUUAAGAUUCUUGUACUGGAGCUCUUCACAGACAUGCACCAGGUUCUAUCAGAGGGUUUCUGCACCCAUAUCUCCCUGGCAGGUCCCUGAGGUCCAGUGACCAGAGCCUGCUGAUGGUGCACCAUACUAAGCUGAAAACACCAGAGGCUACUUUAGUUACUUAAAAUGAGAAGAAGUACCUUUGUCUGCUGUUUGAUGAAAAUAGAAAUCUUUAAGAACCAUACACAUGUUUUAAGUGUCAACAUGAGGGCUUUAUGUUGCAUGACGACGCAGCUGUUCUUUUGCUUAUCUGUAUUCAUCCUCUGUUUCUCAUAGUCAUCGGUUUGUCUCGCCUAUAUAUAUUUCACCGUCUUCGAUUUAGCAGGUACAAAGACUAUAAAUUGCUUUUAAUUCAGACAGAAGUUGUGCUGCAAAGGACGUGAAAGGUCAGUAUUUGGCUUUGAAUCAUGUUUUGCAUCAAAGAAAGUAAAUGCAAAGCUGUGGUACGGGGGCUGAUUCCCUGGGUGUUAUUGUCUAACAUAAUGCUGGUACUGUACUGCUUGACAAACCCAAGCCAAGUGAAUAUCAGUGAGCUACAAGAAGACACUUGUCCUCUCAGCAUAGCAAAAUCAGUAAAGACAAGUUCAGCAAUGCUUUCACAGAGCUCUAAAUCUAAGAUGGAGUGCUCUCCCAAAAUGAACAUCAUGUUCAUGAAGACCCAUAAAACUGCAAGCAGUACUAUCCUCAACAUUCUCUUUAGAUUUGGAGAAAAGUACAAGCUCAAGUUUGCCUUUCCCGAUGGACGCAAUGACUUUUUCUACCCUUCGCCAUUUCAGUGCUCCCAGGUGAGGGACUAUAGGCCAGGAAAGUGUUUCAACAUUGUUUGCAACCACAUGCGCUUCAAUCAUCAAGAAGUGGCUAAACUCCUUCCUCCAGAUGCUGUGUAUCUUACCAUCUUACGUGACCCAGUGGAUCUCUUUGAGUCAUCCUUCCAUUAUUACCAAAGGCUAAUUCCCCUCACAUGGAGCAUUGGCGGGGAGGACAAACUGGCAGAGUUUCUGAACAGUCCUCAGGCCUAUUACAGUCCAAAUGCUUUUAACUCAUUCUAUCUUAAAAAUUUGCUCUUUUUUGACUUUGGUUUUGACAACAACCUUGAAGGUGAUGAUCCUCGUGUCAUGCAAAACAUCCAUCAUUUAUCAAAGCAAUUUCAUCUGGUCCUCAUAGCAGAAUAUUUUGAAGAGUCUCUGAUUCUGCUCAAGGAUUUACUCUGUUUGAAAAUGGAGGACAUCCUGUAUUUUAAGCUUAACGCUCGCAAGAGCUCAUCUGUUUCUCAGCUGGGACCUGAGAUGAGAGCCAAAGCUUUAUGGUGGAACGGGGCUGACUGGAGGCUCUAUCAGCACUUUAAUGCAACAUUCUGGGCCAAAGUUGAUGCUUAUGGGAGAGAAAAAAUGAAACAGGAAGUAGAGGAGCUGAGAAGAAGAAAUGCUGAGAUGAAGGACAUCUGUAUUGAAGGUGAAGGUGCAGUUGAAGCCAAAAAGAUAAAAAAUGGACAUUUUUUGCCUUGGCAACCACUUGGAGAAAAAUGUAUCAUGGGUUACAAUAUGAAAAAAAAUAUUAAUCCUAAAUUCAGUAAAAUUUGUGAAAAAAUGCUCACACCUGAAAUACAGUACUUAGCAGACUUGGGAGUAAGCCUGUGGCUUACUAGACUGUGGGGUUGGUUACAAAAUAAUAUUUAUUGACUUACUUCCUACCAUUUUUUACAACUUGAGUUUAAGAUACAUUAAACAGGGAUAGAUCAAAUUGUACAGCAGAUUGUAUGUUGACUGUAGAUUCAGAUUUGCUGCUUAGCUACUUAGCUGAAGUGUUAUCUAAUAUUACAUUGUGUAGCUCUCAAAAUUGGUUGGGUUUAAUGUGUAAACAGUAAUAAUGUCAUAAUAUCUCAGAUUUUCUUGGUUGAUAUCUGAGUCUUUCUGAUAUUGUGAAAAAACAUCAUUUUUCUUCCAUUAAAUGUUUAUGGCCUAAGUUAUACAUGUGUUUUAGGGGGUAAGAGGUGAUACUUUCUGUUGAUUCACAGUUAUAAAGUGUGAACAGUCACUAAAAAAACGAUAGCUGUAGGAAGAACAGGCCUUAGGACAGGCAGUGUUAGUGUGACCCCUGGAGGCCUAGAGCUCAUGUGCAGCUACAUGAAAUGGAUUUUAAUGGUUCUGGCCUCCUCUGACCCCAACUCAAUGGUUUGCAAGAUGUCUUCAUCAUAAACGUUGAUCUGUUUGGGCAUUUUAUUUUCAGGUCAAGCGUGCUAAUUGUUUGAUUUUUUUCAGACACAUUUUAUUUAACUACCUCUCAGAAGUGUUAAAAAUAUCUAAAAAAGCUUGAAUUAUAGUUACGUCAUGUACUUAUAGACAAAUGAGUCAUUAUAACAAACUUUAUGUUUUAGGUAGACAUUCACCUCUUAUGUAAGGUGAAGGUGAACCCUCUGCGUUAAACUGGCUAUUAGUGCGAGAAAUUUACUUUUAUCUGUAACAUGCAAAACUAUAUUCUUUGAAAUGUAACAUACCCUAAGAAUUUGUUUGGCGCAAAGUUUCUCUUUCCUUGCAGAUUUAUCUUCUUUAUGCUUAUUUAUUAGAAAUACACUCAGAGAUGUACCUGGCAGUAACUGCAAAACCCUCCUAUUAGAAGUUGUCUAGUAACCACAGCUAGUAACCUAGUCAACCCACAGUCUAGUGGGGCACAACUUAAUCUCUUUUGUAAGAAUGACAUUAAUGUAUAUGUAUUUUAACUUGAAAUAUGUGUAUUUGCUAAUUUUGUGUCUUAUACAGCAUCAGUCAUAAUUUGUUAAACAAAAACAAAACUGAGGUGAUUGUCUUUGGCGCGAAAGAGAAAUGAUUAAGUUUCACCACAGAGCUUCAGUCUAUACACCUAAAAACCACCAACCAGGCCAGAAAUCUGGGUGUACUG